AACUUCCGGACUCUCGAAAUAAAAAUGGAAACCAACUUUCAUUUUCCGGCAACUUUGCUGGACGCAUCUUUAUUUACGUUCGUUGUAUUAAGGUAAAACCAUUGAAAAUUGUCAACAUGUCUGACGUAAUGGAUUUGGAGUGCCCUUCAUGUGGCGAGAGAGCCAUCAUGAAGGACUAUCACGGAACAGAUGAGCAUUAUGUUUGUGUUGAAUGUGGGUUUCUCCUCGAAAGUUCUGGUUUGGUUUCAUCAAAAUAUGAUGUUGGAGGUGAAAUUAAACAGUUUGUUCCGUCCAAAGCUGAUCACUCAAAGGCCUCUAAAUGUCCAGGAUUUCAAAAUUUGGUAUCUUACUUGGAAACAAUUUGUCUUCUGCUGAAAGUCUUACCAGAAAUUGAAGAACUUGCUAAGGACCAUUUCAACACAUUAUACAAUUUACAUGUUGUGAAAUAUAAAGGUAUGGAAUCAAAGGAGUAUUUAGCCCUUGGUUGUGUCUACAUCAGCUGUCGGCAGCACAAUGCUCUGUACACCCUGCUGGAGAUUGCUAAGCUGGCCAGGUGCAAUGUAUUUAAUCUUGGCAAUGCUUACAAGACUGCCAUACAGUUACUUGGACUGAGUCUGGAACAAUCUGGAAUCGGUGCUCUGAGCCGGCAGCUGUUCUCGCAGUCGAAUCUGACAGUCGCUGUUAUUUCUCGGGCUCAUGAGUUGCUUCAUCUCAGCAACAAAUUUUGGUUGGUCAGUGGGAGGAAUCCAGUUGGGUUAUUGCUGGCUGUUUCAUAUAUAUCGUGGAAAACUGAGAAACCUGUGGAACGGUGCAAAAUAUCUGCUCAGAAAUAUUGCAAAGAACACAAACUGACUUUCUCUCCGAUGGUGAAGCAAAGAAUUGGUGAAAUUGAGAAAGUGUUGUUCCAUCUCGCUCUGGAAUUGCCUUGGGUGAAAACGGAGCCAAUCAAAGAACGGCUACCGUUUCUAGUGAAUGAUAUACUUAAUUAUCAGAAGUCUUUGAUUCUGGAAAUGGAAAGAAACAUAAAUAAUGAAAAAAACAGUGAAGAACAAUUUCCGUUCAUUUCCAAAAAUAAUUAUGGAGAAAUUCUUCCCCCUAUUAUGAAGAAAAAAGUGAAAAAGGUUGAAGAAUCUGAACCUUAUUCAGUUGCCUUAGUUACUUGCUGUGACGAAAGUGACAGUGAAGAUCUCGACCAACUUGAUGUAGAUGACUACAUCAAGUCGGAGAAAGAGAUUGAAGCUUUGAAGAACUUAGAAUGAAAAGAAGUUCUUGUAGAGGAAAUAAGUCUGGUAUUUUCUGAGAGUUGCAUGCAUGUGGUUGGGUCUUGAUGGCCGUCAGAUUAGCAGAAAGGGAUCCAGGUUCUAUCACUGAUGCUUACAACAGACAAUUUCAUUACCCUGGGUCAAAUUAAUCUUUUAUCAGCUAAAUGCUACAGAAACUGGAGAUUUAGAAUAUAGCUGUACCAAUUGUAAGGACAUAAUGCUCGGAAUGGUCAGUGGCAAGAGAGGAAGAGGCCGACCAAGAACCCGCUGGCUUGACACCAUCAAGAGUGAUACCGGAAUGGACAUAGCCAAUCUGAAAGAAGCGGCCCAGGAUAGAACUGACUGGAGGACACUGAUCCAUAGAGUAACUGAGAGUCGACUUCGACUGAGCGGAUAGAUAGAUAGAUAGUACCAAUUGUUGUGGUUCAGAAUAUGAUGAAAUCAAUAUAUGUGAGAGAUGAUUCUAUUGUGCCUGUGACUGAGCAAAGGAGCUCCGAUAUAGUUGCUCUACUUGCUA